UGUUUGUAAAAGGAAGGUUUAGUCAGAUUGAGUUCAUUUGUGUCUCUAGAUUAUAGCUGAGCACACACAGACACACACACACACACACACACACAGAGAGAGAGAGAGAGAGAGUUGCGUGUGAAGUGGGUUUGGCAGGUGGAGUUCAGCACUACUAACAACAGCAGGUGCAGCCAGUGCCAGCUCAGAUUUUCUCACCUGUCCCAGGUGUGUGUGUGUGUGUGCUUUACAUAUUCAUGAGGUAACAGGGAGGAGGCUGAAGACACACACACACAGAGAGAGAGAGAGAGACUGAAUCAGUCCUGAGGAGAGAAGCAUAUGAUCUGGACCAGAGCAUACAUAGAUUUGUCUCCAGCAGCGCUGCAGUACUCCUGUGGAUCUGUAGAGCAGCCUCAGAAGAAGAAAACCCCGCCCCCUUCCAGGCCAUGCCCCACCCAGCUCACACAGAGGCCACGCCCCACUCCCUCAGCCACACCCAAGACGCCCAGAGCACAGAAACCCCACGUGCCCCCUAAGCCUGUGCACCUGCUGCCACGGGGUCCCGUCCCCCCAGCGCCCCGCCGACCCCUUCCCAGCCCCCCUCCGAGAGCCAGAGUCCCGUCUGCAGGACUCAUCCAGGGCUUCCACAGCUCCAGGUCUCUGAUUCUGGGUCUCCAGCGGAGGAACCACCUCCAUUGGGGAGCCGGCAUGGAUCCUCCAGCCACUCGAGAGCCGGAUGCCAGCGGUCAGCCUCCGCUCAUGCAGUCCCCGGCGCCGGCAGCAGUGCUGGAUUCUGAGGAUGGACUUGCAUUUAAAGCAUUUGAAAUCUCCGAGCUUUUGAGAUUGUCCAACUUAAACUCCGUCCAGACAGACUCUGCCAAUGACGCAGAGAUUACAGACGAACUUCAAAAAGAGCAUCAAAGACAUUCCAGAAGCGGUUUGGAGAAUGAUCCCAGUGACAUAGACGGCGAGCAGCAUGAAGGGAGCGGUAAACAUGGAGACGGUGAGCAGGAGCGGCCACAGGGUCACGAGGGGACGGAGGCAAGCGGAAAGAUCCCCAAUCGGGACAGUGGGAUUGACAGUCCCUCCUGCGGGACAGAGAGCGAGGGCUUCCCGAACGAGGACCCCAUCGAGGAGGAGGACAGGAACGACAGCAUUGCCACAGACACAGAGUUAUGCGUCACCGCCGGCAACAAACGGGACUCGACGCAGGAUGAAGACAGCGACCUGGACGAGGGGAGCAGUGAGGAUCCCGAGAGCCUGGAACUCAAGGGUCUGCCGUCUGAGUCGCAGAAGCUGUUGAACAUCGCUAAAGAGCUGCUCCAGACAGAAGAAGCGUAUGUCAAAAGACUCAACCUGCUGGACCAGGUGUUUUGUGCUCGUCUGACGGAGGCCGGCAUCCCUGCUGAGGUCAUCACAGGAAUCUUCUCCAACAUCUCCAGCAUCUACCUCUUCCACCACCAGUUCCUGCUGCCUGAACUACAGACACGCAUCACACAGGAGUGGAGCUGUAAUCCGCGCAUAGGGGACAUCCUGCAGAAGCUGGCCCCGUUCCUGAAGAUGUACGGCGAGUAUGUGAAGAACUUCGAUCGUGCCAUGGAGCUGGUGAGCACGUGGACGCAGCGCUCCGCUCAGUUCAAGAGCGUGGUCCAGAACAUCCAGAAGCAGGAGGUGUGUGGGAACCUGACGCUGCAGCAUCACAUGCUGGAGCCGGUGCAGCGGAUCCCGCGCUAUGAGCUCUUACUGAAGGACUAUCUGAAGAAGCUGCCCGCCAGUGCUGCAGACCGCAGAGACGCAGAGAAUGCUCUGGAGCUGAUCUCCACCGCAGCGAACCACUCCAACGCUGCCAUCAGGAAAAUGGAGAAGAUGCACAAGCUGUUGGAGGUGUAUGAGAAGUUGGGCGGAGAGGAGGACAUCGUUAAUCCAGCCAAUGAAUUCAUUAAAGAAGGCCACAUAAAGAAGAUGUCGGCUAAGAACGGCACGGCACAGGACCGAUACCUCUAUCUGUUCAAUAACAUGGUGCUGUAUUGUGUGCCCAAGCUGAGGCUGAUGGGACAGAAGUUCAGUGUCAGAGAGCGAAUCGACAUCGCAGGGAUGGAGGUUCAGGAAAACGUCAAGCAGAACGCCCCUCACACUUUCACCAUCAUCGGCAAACAGCGCUCGCUCGAGCUGCAGGCCAGGACGGCUGAGGAGAAGGACGACUGGAUAAAAGUGAUCCUGGCGACGAUUGAGAAGCACAAGCAGAACAGCGAGACGUUCAAAGCCUUCAACAUCUCCUGCAGCCGUGAUGAUGAGCACACGCCUGACACGCCGGGCCUGUGGAGCAGCACGAGCACAUGUGAGGCAGACGGAGCUCAGCAUGAGAGGAAGAGCUCAAAGAAACGAGAGAAGGAGAAAGAAACAUGCAAAGGCUGCAGCGAGGCCUUCCAUUUCACCAAACGCAAACACCACUGCAAGAGCUGCGGCGCGGCCGUCUGUGGGAAGUGUUCGAAGGUGUCGGAGAGCAGGAACAUCCGCAUGUGUAAGCAGUGUUUUGAAGGCCUGCAGGGAGCUGAAGGGACAGCAGGGGGCGGCACUGAGCCUAAGAAAAAAGUCGAGAAGCAGCUGUCAGUUGCUCAGUCUUCUCAACGGACAGGCAAAUUUGAGGAGUUGGACCAAGAGCUGGGCGGCCAUCACUGAAGCACAGCCUCUGCUGCUUUACCAGCAAACCAGCACACAGGUCUCUCUGGCUGUGACAUCAGUGACACGAGAAGAAGAAAGAGUCAGACGUGUUCAGACUGAUUCAAGAGUCUGAAUGGAGCUCCUGUCACAUGCUGUAAAGGGAGGAGCUAACAAGAUGUCAGUCACAGCAAGAGCCAAUAGGAUGCUUUCCCUCUCCCCCUUUAUAAAGAACUCCUGUUACUUGAAAUCACUUUAUCCUCAGCACUUUUUUAUUCUUUCUUUUGAAGAUCCUUUUACAUGAUCAUUACUCUUUCAGCAGCACUCACACCGUCACGCCUUCAUCUGAGUGUGAGAGUGACUGUUUGUCAAUGCACUGUUCCCUUCCAGCACUCACGUCUGCUUGUGUUGCUCUGGAUGAAGAUGUUGAGAAUGUCUAUAUAAUGUUACGAUGAAUGUUCUUUUUUUUUAUUAGUUAAAGCAUUAAGUGGCUGUUCUUGUAAAGCACUGUCAGUUCACACCUUCAUGCUCCCCUUAGUUUUUUCUUUCUGAUUUUAAAAGAUGAACUGAAGCACAAAGCACAUAAAGCACAAGUCAUAUUUCACUCAAAAUCAAAAGAAAGAAAGGAUAUUGUGCAUAAAAGAAGCUUAUUUUAUUUUCCGUAUCUCUUCCGUUAUUUUCACAGUAAUUAAGCACAUUUCACAUCAAAUUCUCAUAAAUUCUUAUUACCGUCAUGCAUAAGAAAAAUAAUGAUAUAUUUCAAUUGCGUAGUGGUCAUACACCGUGGUUUGAGUUAGUUGUAUUGCCUUUAUGGUGUUGAUUUAAAAAAAGUAGAUUUUUACCAUUUUUACAGUAAUGAGAAUGUAGUAAGAAUCACCACUGAGAAUGAGGAAAAGCCUAAGCGUCUGCGCACAUUACACGAAUGACAAUGAGAUGCUUUUAACAUCACAGUGAAUAUGCAUGUCAGAAUGUAAAAAAAUCGUAAUGGUCCUAAAACGGCUUUAUUUUUCACAAUGCUAAAUUUGUCUUUGGUUUUUUGGAGUGAACCAAACCCUGUUCCGUUUUCACAACAUUCACCCACAAUUUCACAAGACUGGUCUCACAGGGUUCAUAAACUCUUCUGAAGUCUUUGCUAAGCAUCAACAUCCAUGGUCUGCUGUUUCCUCAAACUGUGUUUUGUACCAACGAGAGAUCAUUUUCACCUUCUUCAAGAGGAUACCCAGCUUUAUUGUUUAAGGGCAGAUUCCUGUGGCAGGCCACUAAAUAUUAUACCCUCCUAUAGAACAUUUUCACUAUAGACUUUUCAGGUAAAGGUUUGGAUGAGAAAACUAGGUUCGGGAACAUAGGGAAACGCAAUUCCUGCAUCACUUUCCUCUAGCUCUUCAUACCCUUUCACCAGUGGCACACUUCUCUUUUGUAUGCAGCAGUAUUGUGAUUGCAACAGAAGUACUGUACGCCUGCACACUCAGAGUCCAGUCUCUGUGCCUGGAGGUUGAUCAUGGUCAACAUGUAAUGAAUGAUGUAAACAUUGCAUUUGCUUCCCUUUUAAUAUUGUUUGAACCCUUGAAGCAGAACCAGUAUUAUUAAAAGCAUUUUAUGUGUACAAAAGCUGUCUUAUAGCAUAUCAAUGAAUAAAAGAGUAUCUGGU